AUGUUCCUAAGUAUUUUGAUAUUAUUUUCUUGUUUCAUUUUAAUUGAUGCGAAGCACUUCAAUGGUGGAACUAUCAAUUGGGCUCCGGUUAAUCCUUAUGAUAAUUCGAGCUCAGUUAAAAUUACAAUUACACAGUCUUAUUCAUGGACAUAUCCAUAUGUACAAUGUGCCAACAAUGUACCAAUCUCGACUAGUACAUUUAGUGGUUCUAACACUAAUCUGAUUUGUAUGGCUGAUUGUUCGACUGAUGGUGGUUAUUCUAGUGCACCAAUUAAUAUUCUCACUGAUUGUACAUCAUCUAGUUCAUCAUUGAAAAUGAUGACUAGUCAACGAUCAAAAAAUAUUACUCUGUCUGCUGAUGCACAUUUUUAUCUAUCUUAUAGAGGAAGUGCUUGGAUAGCAUUAGAUAAUCCUCCUGAAAAAGGACUUGAAUGGUCUAUUGUAACAUACAUUGAUCUUCGUAAACGACCAGAUGGUUUCAUUAAUACUCCACCUGUAGCCAAAGUUGUUUCUCCACAAUAUGCGAUUGUAAAUAGACAAAUGCAAAUUAAUAUUCCUGUUUCGGAUGCAAAUGCCGACGAUGAUGUACGUUGUCGAUGGUCAACAUAUACAGCUGGAUAUCGAAGACGAAAACGAUCCAACGAUGAAGACCGUACAAUUCGCAAAUAUAGUGGUGGAAAUUACAAAAGAUUAGUUGGAUAUUCCGAAGGUUUUCAUACUAGAUGGAAAAAGUUCCUCUUCAGCAAUCCUUGUGAUUCCCGGUGUGCGUACAAUUGUCCUUGCAGUAAUCCUACAUGUGCAGGAACCAAUUGUGGUAGCUCAAACUGUCCUAUAUGGGAUCUUUUCGGUGGUUGUACGGUCACAACGACUAUGCCCACUACUACAAUCGCAACUACUACAAUCGAAACUCAAGCAACAUUAAAAUCGACUGCGUCCUAUCUCAAUCGUCAGCCGAUCGAUGAAUGUGGCGAUAUUUGUUACCCGAAUAGUAUACCUUCUAGUACAAGUCUGUCCAAUUGUACCAUAUCAUUUACGGGUCUUACAGCGGGCAUCUGGUAUGCAGUUUCUAUUCAAGUUGAAGAUUUCAUUAACGAAACCAGUAUGACACCAAUGAGUUCCGUGCCAGUUCAACUUCUUAUAUAUGUUAUGCCAGAUCCGUCAUGUUCAACGAAACCUAUUAUUAUUCCAUUAGAUCGUUGUUUAGAAGUACAAGUUGGUAGUUCACUAAGUUUUAAUCUAUAUGCUAUGAAUUUAUGUAAUCCUAAUGUGGCUAUUCUUACUGAUAUGGUGGUAUCAAGUAGCAUUACUGGUAUGACUAAUGGUAAUCUAAUAAAUUCACCUACAAAUACAUCACUAUCUUAUGUUACAUUCACAUGGACACCUCAAGCAAAUCAAGUUGGACAACAAAAAUUAUGUACAAUCGCUUAUACCGAUGAACAAGUUCAAUCAGAACAGUAUUGCGUCACAUUUACUGUAAAGACAUCAGAUGUUUGCAUAACAACGACAACAACAUCAACAACAACCACAACGACAACCACAACGACAAAAACCACAUCUACUAGCACAACAUCAACAACUACAACAACAUCAACAGCAACUACAACAACAACAACCACAUCUACUAGCACAACAUCAACAACUACAACAACAACAACAGCAACUACAACAACAACAACCACAUCGACUAGCACAACAUCAACAACAACUACAACAACAACAACAACAACGUCUACAACAAGCACGAGUACAACAACUUCAACGACAACUUCUACAACGUCCACCUCAUCGACGUCAUCGUCAUCAACUUCAUCCACGUCAACAUCAUCAACAUCAUCUACAUCAACUUCAUCGUCCACAACUUCUACGACAAGUACUUCAACUUCAACUACAACAACUUCUGUUACAACAACAACCUCGACAACUACAACAACAACAACAGUCACGACUACAACAGCGAGUCCUACUGCUCGACGUCGUCGACACAAAGAAAGAAAAGUAGAUACUACAGUAGAGACUUUUGGAUCGCAUGAUAUAUCUGAUAUGACAUGGCAAACAUCAUCUUCUACUCGAAACUUAACAACAAAAACUUUAAGGAAAAAUUAUCCUGCUUAUGAUGUAUCGCAUGCAGCAAACAGUAUAAAUAAUGAUUUUGUUUCUGAUUCACACAUUAAAUUAUCUGACACGACAUUUCCUGAAACAAUGAAUGGUACCGCAAAUGUAGAAGAAAGUAGACCAAAAUCAUUAGUCUCUAUUAAAAGAAUUAAGCGUAACCAAGUUGAAACAAUGAAUGACAUUGAAGAUGCAGAGAUAAAUUUAUCAGAUGAUCGUGGCGACGACAAAAAAGCAACUUCGGCCAUACAUCACUCAGCAUUUACGCAUGUUGAAGUCAGUAAAGUGUCAAAACUCGAUCAAAACGAUGAAAAUGAAAAAAAGAAUUCGAAAGCUAUCGAUAAAAAAUCACUAAGUGCUUCGGUCGUGCCACAAUCAACACCUAGCCGAAUUAGCGUCAAGAGAAUAUCCCGACAAAAAACAGCUACAAGUCAACAAUUCCUUUUAUCGAAUGUUGAUGAUGAGAACCUUAUCGACUUAGAAAAAUCAGUUAUGCAAAUGCAACCAAUAAAAGCUCACCCAAAGACUGCUUUAGCUACCACAAAUACAAUAAGAAAUAAAGAUAAAGGAGUGACUGUGACGAAACUUCCAAGAAAGAUUCUCACUGCUAAAUCUCAUCGUUCAUAA